CACAAGUUAACAAUCAUGGGUAAUCGCAGAAAUAAUCGAGGCAACAAGGAGGCUGCUCGGACCCGCAAACCCGACGAUAGUACUGGGAACCCCAGUGCAACCAGCAGCAACGCAGGAGCACCCACCACGGGCACAGCAAAACCAGCCAAGUCGGGAGUCAACAAAGGCAAAGUGCUACCACAAAAAGAGGUUGAUGAAGAAGCUACGGGUCGCAACAUCACAGCCAAGAGCGAAAGCAAAGAGGCCUCCAACAAGCAAGCAGCAACGGGAGGUAAAAACCUGCGCAAGAAAAAAGGAUCCAGCGUAGCAGUAGCUGAAGCGUCAAGUGGUGCAGUCGCCACCACGGGAGCGAACAGUGCAGUACAUACACUGGCCACGGGAACGAGCCCUCUUCCAACGGACGAGAGCAUGGACAUGCCAAAGGGAGACAAGGAGGAAAAAAAUGAAACAGCAAGUGGAGAGGCAACCGCCCAAAGCGCGGAACAACUAACGCUAGGUGGAAAGACCUUCGUAU